ACAAACACACAACUCAAAGAAAUCAAGGAUUUGAGAAUUCAAAGAUGAAAGGUUCAUUAGUGAUCUCUCUCCUUGCCCUCUUGGCUUUGGCUUCCUCAGUUGCUUCUGCCUAUGACCCCAGCCCUCUCCAAGAUUUUUGCAUCGCUCUCAAUGAAGCCAAUCCUCAAGUAACGGUGAAUGGGCAAUUAUGCAAAGACCCCAAGCUUGCCAAAGCAAAAGACUUCUUCUACCACAUAAGACCAGGGAACACUUCCAACCCAUUAGGCUCCCAAGUGACUCCAGCAGCUGUCAAUGAAAUACCAGGACUCAACACUCUUGGUAUUUCCCUUGUUCGUAUCGAUUAUGCGCCAUACGGUUUGAAUCCUCCUCACACUCACCCUCGUGGCACUGAGUUGUUGAUUGUCAUUGAAGGAACUCUCUUGGUUGGAUUUGUGGCUUCCAAUCAAAAUAAUAACACCCUCUUCACCAAAGUCCUCAACAAAGGAGAUGUGUUUGCAUUCCCGAUUGGCUUGAUUCACUUUCAACUCAAUGUUGGGCAGGACAAUGCCUUUGCAAUUGCUGGUCUAAGCAGCCAAAAUCCAGGAGUGAUUACCAUUGCUAAUGCUUUGUUUAACUCUACUCCUCCAAUCUCCCCACAGGUUCUCACUAAAGCCUUCCAAGUUGACAAUGACAUAAUUGCUUAUCUUCAAAAGCAAUCUUGGUAUGACAAUAACUAAAUACACAAUCCACCACCCAGCAUCCGUAACUCUAAUUAGAUCUUUAAUUAAAUAAAUAGUUAAUAUGUAUGCAAGCUUACGUUGAACCUUGUCGGCUUGUUCUCGGUUUGUAAUUUCAUUUUGUUUCCUGUACGUGCACGUCUGCUGCGCGCGUGUUCCCACUUCAAUAAAACUAGAGUUUUGUUAAACAAA